UGCGUGAAAGGGUCUUGGGUUCUCUGUCCCUUCUGCCCAGUUUGUUCCACUUUGCUGCAACUAAUACACGAGCCUGUACUUGUUUUCUAUUUUUCCUGCUAACUGAUCAAAAGAUGUCACAGAAGACCCCCCAGUGUUCUGCGGCCGCUCUCUUGGAUCCUAAUAAGCCUUCCAACCAGAGUCCGGCGGAUUCCGGCGCCAUCCCGGCCGCCGAGUGUCCAAACUUCGCCCAUCAAAAUGGGGGAACGUCGUCCUCCCCGGAAAGCGGAAGCUCCAACGGCGAUACCAAGCGAAGCGGGAAAAGGCGGCGCAGCAAGAAAAGUACGCGCAAACCGGAGACUCCCCGCGACGCCGACGUUCACGGCGGAGCCAAAACCGAAGACAAGUCGGAGCGCAACGCAAGCCCGCCGCCCGAGCGCCAAGCCGGACCGAUUGCCCUGCAGGCGGAAUGCGCCAACGUGUGGUUCCAGCGAAGCGUUUACGAGCGAGCGGAGAGCCUCUAUCAGUGCUGGUUGGCGAACUCGGCCAAAGCGAGCGGCGAGUCGAACGGCUCGGCCGCCGGUCCGCCAAACGCCUCCGCGGCCGGCGAGGUCCCCGUGAAGAAAGCUUGUCGACGAGACGGAACGCAAGAAUCCUCGCAGUCGAGCGCUUCAAACUCUCGGUGCGGCUCGGUCCUCCCUCGGGGCUUCGUCGCGGCCCGAGCGCCCGAGGAAGGCCACCACCGGUCUCCGGCGCCGCCCACUCCCGUAAGCGCUCGGCCCCGGCAGAGGGCGCCCCCGCCGACGACUAAGCGGGCGCUUAACGGGCUGUCCCCCGUUUUCGCAGAAAUGUUUGGAGACAUCUGGCUGGAGAAGCCGCUGUACGAUCGCGCUGAAGCCGCCUUCUACCAAAGCGUGUUUGGCAACAAUUCUCGCCAAGGCUCCUCCGGCAUGUGCCGGCCCCAAAGCUCGACGGAGGCGGCGCCGGUGGAGCAACAGCGACCGGCGCCGCAGGCCAAAGCCGAAGUGUUUCACGCUCUGCACCCGAUCCAGGAGGAGGACGAGCCCGCCGAGACGCUCGGCAAACAAGAGCGGCUCGACGCGGGAGUCGGCUACUUUCUUCACCCCGACGGCGAGCGCGUGUGGUUGGACAAGUGGAGGUACGACGCGGCCGAGAUGCGUUUCCACGCCUGCCGCGGAGCCGAAGAACCCGCCAAAGCUCGCCGGCCCAAAACGGACGACACCUCGUCGCGGCCGGACGUCACCGUCCGGCCCGGGGAAAACAACAUGAGCGCCGUUAACUUCCCGGGCCAGGAGAAGAUCUGGUUUGAGAAAAGUCGCUACGAUGAGGCAGAGCGCCGCUUCUUCGAGCGCGUCGCCGGCUCCUCGCCGUCGGCGCCGACAGUCUGCGAUGCGGGUGCGAACGCCAUCCUCCAAGACAUCGCUCGUGCCCGGGAGAACAUUCAGAAGUCGCUUGCAGGAAGCACCUGCAGCAGCAGCGCCGCCGAUCAAGAAAUGAUGUCUCGAAUCAAAAGCCUGGAGCUGGAGAACAAAAGCUUAUAUCGAGUGGUCGAAGAUUUGAGGGCAUCGUUUUCCAAGCUGGAAUGUCGAGUAGCCGUCUUGGAGAAAAGCCCCGCGGCGGCGGCGGCUGUGGCGCCGGCCGCCGCUCCUUCAGUCCCUUACACAAACGGAACCGCCGUCCAGCAGACCGGCGGCCUGGCGAAACAGAACCUCGACGACGACGACGAUCUGGACUUGUUUGACAGCGAUGACGACGACGAAGAGGCCGAGAAACUCAAAGAGCAGAGGUUGAAAGAUUACGCCGAGAGGAAGGCCAAGAAGCCCGGCGUCAUCGCCAAGUCGUCCAUCUUACUGGACGUCAAACCGUGGGACGACGAAACCGACAUGGCCAAGUUGGAAGAGUGCGUGCGCUCCGUGCAAGCCGACGGUCUCUUAUGGGGAAUGUCCAAACUGGUUCCUGUGGGUUACGGCAUCAAGAAGCUUCAGAUCUCCUGCGUGGUGGAAGACGACAAGGUUGGAACGGACCUGUUGGAAGAAGAGAUCACCAAGUUUGAAGACUACGUUCAGAGCGUCGACGUUGCGGCUUUCAACAAGAUUUAAAGAAUUGUCUUCUCGUCCUGUCCAUUCCCACACUUCAUUUUAAUGUCACAUAAUAAAAGAUUCUUGCACUGAG